GAAUCCUGUGCCCUCGCGCAGCGCCCUCGACCUCUGGUCCUCCAGCCGGGCACGGACAGGUAUUUGGCAUGUGUGAAGAGGAUGCUGCCGAAGAGCCCCAUCCCGCCGCGGGAGGUUGUCAGUGUCUCCAACAGCAGCCUUGGUAGCGAGGUGGACGAUGCUAGGAAGCGCUGGGCGAAGGAAUGGUUCUACCAGGGCAUGCAGAACAUGGUAAAAGAGCUCGGCGCCAUCGCUCUCAAAGCUGCCAUCAGUGGGUUUUGGUCUGAGAUCCUGGGGAGUCUCUGGCAAGCUUUCUUCCCACCGCCCUUUUCGAAGGAGGAGGCCAUCAUGAAGCUCAUGAUGGAGUGGACCGAGCAGUACGUGCAGCGUGCCAUCGCCGCAGAGGUCAAGAAUGACAUCGCCGGGAUGAUGUGUACUCUUGAGGAGACAACAGGCGAGCUGAACAAGUGCAUGGCCAGCUUGAAGGAGGAGAUCGAAAAGGUUAAGAAGCAGAGGCAGGAGGUCGAGGACCCACAGGACGAUCUGGAGGAUGAGGAUGAGGAGGAGCUGCCAGAACGCCUUCCCACAAUUUCGCGUCGUCGCAGGUCAGUGCCGACGACACCCGCGCCGGUCCCAUUUCCAGAACUCUUGUUUACUGAAUGCCUCGCCAAGCACACAACCGCCAAGACUGCUGCAAGGGCAAUCGUAAACAAGAUCGCGAAUACCGGGUACAAACAGGAGAUGGCUCCGGAGUUCCAGGCCAGCGCCUGGUCUCUGAUGACCCUGUGGCGGCAGCUCUACAACGUCCGCCUCGAGAAGGAGGAGUUCGAACCCGAGUCCAAGAAAGUCUCCGAGGAUGUCUUGGACGCCAUGAAGGAUCAGAUGAAAAAACUCGAUGAUACAGCCAAAGACAUCAUGGAUGACUGGAAGAAGUGGCGAAAUGACCGACUCGAAAUUAAGCAGUGGAGAUAUCGCUCCGGUGGUGGUGGAAGCUUCGUCAUGUUCUACCAGGCUUCUGUAACGUUGAUUGACAAGCUCACAGGUUUCGAGCAGACCUGGAAGACAGAGAAGGCCAAAAAUGAUGAAUGGCCCUAUGGUAUACUCACGGACAAGUUUAAGGAGCACGUUAAGGAACGCCACAUGCAGCAAAUGUUCAUCGAAGAGUUUGUCCCAAUGAUCUCAACGUAUCCUUACAUCCGUCGUCUGAUCCCUGGAGAAGAGACCAGCAAAUUGAUACCUGAUCCACUGCCGGUGUUCAUUCAACUGCCAACCUUGUCUGGAUGGCUUACUGGCAACAACCAGAUGGACUUGAAACACGACGGUCGAGAGAAAUGGGUCUAUGCAAGCAUAAGAAGCAGGGAUCACGGCCCGAUUCACUCGAUUGCCGGGCGCCGCGGGGAUCAGAUCGACCAGCUGAACUUCGUCGGGCGAGGGUUCGUCCCCCUGCCGGAGCACAACACCGGCGGAGAAGAGAUGCCAGAGAAGUACUUCCAGGGGAAGAUUUGCGGACUGGACGUGGGAUACUGGAAGGACUGGAUGCAUCGCUUCACGGUUUUCAAUGUCAAGAACGCUUCUGAUAGCUGGAAAGGAAAGAGCUCAGCCGAGACUACGUUUUAUGCCUCUGGCCCAGGUCUCUGCGGCCUCUACACUUUCGACCGCCCGAAGAUGCAGGCUGAUGGCUUCGGAGGAUGCGGCGAUGCUCUGCAGCUGCAGAUGUGGUUCCAACCCGACGAGGCUUUGAAGUAG